CACAUAAGAUACACAUCAGAAGUGCUUGUCUGGAUACACUGCUGUUCUUAGUGACCCCCCUCGGAUCCAAAGAAAUUUUCGAUGCUUUGUUUAUUCGAUAGAUUCAGGAAAUAACCGGAGGGAUGGAAUUAUUCUUCUGGAGGUUUUAAAACAAUAGAUGAAAGGAAAGUACCGGUGUUGAAUGAUAGAUAUCUGAACGUGCAAUAUGGCGGAUACUGCUGAAGGGGGUUCAGAGCAGGAUGAUAUUUCAUUUUUACGAACGAAUGAUAUUGUUUGUUUGAGUUGUGUGACAUCCUCCAGAGAUAGUAGUACUACAGAUAGAGUAUGUCUUGCAGCAGAAGGAUUCGGCAGCCGUAUGUGCUGUCUAGAGAACGUAUCUUGUCGGGAUGUUCCUCCAGAUUUGUCAGUAUGUUCCUUUGUUCUAGAACAAGCUCUUUCGGUCAGAGCUCUGCAGGAAAUGGUCACAUCAUCAUCCCAAGAUUCCACAGCAGCCCAAUCAGGUCACAGAACACUGCUUUACGGCCAUGCAGUUUUACUGAGACACCUUCAUAGUAACAUGUACCUAUCUUGUUUGUCCACAAGUUCAUCCAACGAUAAACUGGCUUUUGACGUAGGACUUAAUGAAACAGCUCAAGGAGAAGCAUGUUGGUGGACUAUACAUCCAGCAUCAAAACAAAGGUCAGAAGGUGAAAAAGUACGAGUUGGAGAUGAUCUUAUACUUGUUAGUGUGUCCUCAGAAAGAUACCUUCAUAUUGGUGGAGGCAGUAUGGUUAUAGCAUCAUUCCAGCAGACUUUGUGGACAGUAGUCCCUAUGUGUUCUGGAGGUAUCAGGAACAAAUGUCUAGGUUACGUGUUUGGUGGAGAUGUUAUUCGCCUGUUUCAUGGUCACAUGGAUGAAUGUCUAGCUAUACCUGAAGCUGGCAGUGAUAAUGAAUUCAGUGCAGUGAUGUAUGAGACUGGUGCAGUAUGUAGCCAUGCUAGAUCUCUGUGGAGAAUAGAAAUUAUAAGAACAAAAUGGGCUGGUGGAUUCAUGGGAUGGGGACAGCAGUGUCGAUUACGUCAUGUGACAUCUGGGCGAUAUUUAGCCGUUACCACUGACAACCAAGUAGUGACAGUUCAUCGCCAGAAAGCUGAGGAACAAGCUGUUGCAUUCUUCUUAUUUAGCUCAAAGGAUGACAAGAAACAGACAGAGGGAAGAGAAGAUGAAGGAAUGGGAAAGUCUGACAUCAAGUAUGGAGACUCCAUGGUAUUUAUACAACACUGUGAGACUAGCAGAUGGUUAUCAUAUCAAACUUACGAAACAAAGAAACGAGGAGUUGGAAAAUUGGAAGUGAAAAAGGCUGUAAUGUUGAUUGAGGGACAUAUGGACGAUGGUUUUACAUUUUCCCGAGCUCAAGAAGAAGAAUCACGAUCGGCUAGAGUUAUCAGGAAGUGUCAAUCUAUAUUCAACAGAUUUAAUAAAGCACUAGAUGCUUUAAAGACGGAGGGCAGAAGUAGUCAUGCCUGGGGUAGAAUUAGUCUUUCAGAAGUAUUGAAGUGCCUUGAAGACCUCAUUGACUAUUUUGCUCAACCUGGUGUAGAUGAAGAGCACGAAGAAAAACAAAACAAGCUUAGAGCUCUUAGAAAUAGACAAGAUUUAUUCCAAGAAGAGGGAAUGAUUGCUCUCAUUCUGGAAACCAUUGACAAGUUCAUCCAGUAUAAAAGUAGGCGACACUUUGCCCAUUAUGCAGGCGAGGAGGCAGCUAGUAAAUGGGAUGACAUAUCAAGUUAUUUAUAUCUGCUGUUAGCUGCCAUGAUUCGUGGUAACCGUGCCAACUGUGCCCAGUUUGCUCAAUCCUAUCGACUUGACUGGCUUGUCAGUAGGUUAGAAAGUCAGCAGUCAUCCACAGGAGUCUUAGAUGUGUUACAUUGUGUACUAAUAGACAGUCCUGAAGCUCUGAACAUGAUUAAAGAGAAACACAUCAUAACAAUCAUAUCAUUAAUAGACAGAGCUGGCAGAGAUCCAAAGGUGCUAGAUGUUUUACGUUCCUUGUGUGUAGGGAGUGGAGUAGCUGUUAGAACCAAUCAGAAUCUUAUCUGUGAUAAUCUGUUACCUGGCCGAGAUUUACUGCUGCAGACAAAACUGGUUGACCAUGUUGCAAGUAUUAAGCCAAAUAUAUAUGUUGGAGUAUUAGAUGGAUCAGCCAUGUACAAGAAGUGGUAUUUUGAACUUGUUAUAAUUCAGUUUGAAUCAGCUACACAUCUUCCACCCACACUGAGAGUGGGCGUUGCCAAUACUAAUGGCUUUGUACCCUACCCCGGAGGAGGAGAACAAUGGGGAGGCAAUGCUGUUGGUGAUGAUCUCUAUUCCUAUGCAUUUGAUGGGGUCAACUUAUGGACAGGUGGGAAAUCAAAGCAGGUGAGAAGGAGUGGUCACCAGUUAGAACAUGGUGAUGUGAUUGGUUGUUGUCUUGACCUUUCUGUACCACAGAUAACCUUCACCUUGAAUGGUAUCAAGGUCAGAGGAGUCUUCAAGGAUUUCAAUCUUGAUGGUCUGUUCUUCCCAGUUGUGUCUAUGUCUGCUCGAGUCAGUUGUCGCUUUGUAUUUGGUGGAGACCAUGGAAAAUUUAAGUUUGAAUUACCAGAUGGACAUUCACCAGCCAUAGAGGCAUUACUUCCAAAAGAGAAACUCAAGUUGGACCAGUGUUUCUGGUUUGGAGAUAUCCACAGAAAUGUGAUACAUGGACCAAUGGAAAUAGAAUACACUCCAUAUGUGCCAAAACCAGUAGAUACUGCUAAUAUUCAACUUCCAGCUUACAUAGAAAAUGUUCGAGAUAGAUUAGCAGAGAAUUUACAUGAGGUUUGGGCUGCUAGUAAGAUAGAACAAGGAUGGUCAUUUGGUGAGGUCAGAGAUGACCAAAGAAAGAAGAAUCCAGCUGUAAAUAGCUUUGAGAAAGUCCCCAUGACAGAAAAGAAAUAUGUUAUCACAGUUUCUUUUGAAACAUUAAGGACAUUACUAGCAUUAGGUUAUCACAUCAGUAUGGAUAAUCAGAAGAAAGAGAAUAACAGAAUGAAGACACAUAAAUUGCCAAACAAUUUCUUACAAAGUAAUGGAUACAAACCAGCACCUCUGGACCUGUCAUAUGUGACAUUGAAUGAGUUAAUGGAAGACUUGGUGGAGUUAUUGGCAGAGAAUACACAUAAUGUCUGGGCUAAAGAUAGAAUCAAGCAUAACUGGACCUACGGAACUUAUGAGGACCUACACAACAAAAGAAGUCCCCAUCUUGUGCCAUACAACAAAGUGGAUGAUUCCAUUAAAAAGGCUAAUAGAGAUCAAGCAAAUCAAACAGUCAAGACGCUCCUUGCCUAUGGAUACAAUUUGGAACCUCCAACCAGUGAGACUGGUGAAAGUGCACAAACAGCAUUAUCCAGAGCAUUAGGACAGAAGAAAUCUAGAAAUAGAACUUACAGAACCCAGCUUACCUAUGCUGUGUCUACAGGGAAAUGGUAUUAUGAAUUUGAAGUUUUGACACCAGGCUUCAUGAAAGUAGGAUGGACCAAGACAGAUUCCAGCCCAUGUGUGGAAAUUGGUUUGGAUGGUUCUUCUUAUGGUUUUGAUGGACUUUUGGGUAGAAAAUGGAACCAAGGAGGUGAGCAGUAUGGGAAAAUAUGGCAAGCUGGAGAUAUCAUUGGUUGUAUGUUAGAUCUUAAUGAUAAAACUUGUACCUUUUCUUUGAAUGGAGAGCUGAUGAUGGAUAAUUUAGGACAGGAAAUAGCUUUCCGAGGUAUAGAUGUUGCAGACUAUGUACCAGCAAUGACAAUGGGAGUUUAUCAACAGGCAAAGCUGAACUUUGGACAGGAUGUAAAUACUCUGAAAUAUUUCACAUGUUGUGGAUUACAAGAGGGAUAUGAACCAUUUUGUGUGAACAUGACAAGACGUGUACCAUUGUGGUAUGGUAAAGAUUUACCAUUGUUUGAACCUGUUGAUGACAAUCAUCCAAGACUCCAGAUCCAAAGAAUACCGGGAGGAAGCCAUGUGACACCCUGUCUGAAAGUUUUGUCAAAGACUUUUGGAACACUGGAGAAGGUUCAUCUGGAAUAUCUAAGAUUAAGUCUUCCAGUUCAGUGCAAAGAUGAAUUCCUUCAUAGAGAUAGACAUGUUGGUUUUCCUACAUCUUUUGAGAGGAGAAUGAAUCUUGAAAAUAUCCGUCGUCAUGAAAUGGACAUCGAAGAGGAACAACAAACACCCGAUUCCUUGCCAGAGAAUUACAGUGAGGCCAUGAGUGAAGGAUCUAUAGGGGGCAGUAAAAUGACCACAGAAUCUGUAAGGAAAACGACAGAAAGUAGCAGUCCAACAAGCAGUGGUGGUGACGCCAGAAAGACAUCAAGUCAAACCGAUACACCAAGUAGACAACCAAAUGGUGACUUACAAUCACCAGCUACUAGUCAUGAUGAUGAAGAUGAUAGUUACAGCAGAGAUAGUAUGAUGAAUGGUGGCCAUGAGAAAUCAAUUGAAAGAGGAUACACAGAGGAAUCAAUAUCAGCUGAUGACAGACGUAAGAAAUUUCUCCGUCCACAAGGUCAAGGUCAUUCUCUUGAUGAUAGUACCCAGGAUGACAAAUCUGUCGGACGAAUGAAGUCUGCUGCCAGUGAAUCACAGUUGUCUUCCCAUUCUGGUGGACAAUCUUCACGCUUGACUGUACUAGGAGACAAGUUAAUGGACACUGCCAAGGCCAUUGGAGAAAAAGGAAAUAAGAAGAGCAAAAAUACAUUUACAAACAUUUUCAAGAAAAAGGGUAGGGAUCUGUCCCCUGCAGAGUCUAAAAGAACAAGAAGUGUAGAAUAUGGUAGUCUUGAUCGGAAGCAAGCCUCAUCAUUUAGAAGAAGUCGGAAUAAACACCGUGAAUAUCAUGAUCAUGAUACUAAAGUCCACACAUUACCCACAUCACAAACCAUGGAUUCAGUGGAAAGUGAUAACGGACAGCCAUCACAAGGACCUGUAAUAAAUAUUGAAGCUCCAAGAGGAAUGAUUCCCUAUGAGUUUCAGGAUGCCAUGGGUAGAAGACAAAACUUAAAUAGGGACUUUGGGGGUAGUGAAGGAUCAGAACACUCUGACAGUGAUUUUGCCGAACUUUCUGCAAUGGCUGACAUGAUUGACGAGUACCAGUACUCCAUAAGGAUCUUCCCAGGUCAAGAUCCAGCACAGGUGUACGUAGGAUGGGUAACACCUGGAUUCCAUUUUAAUGAGAAAACAUUUGAAACGAAGAAGAUAAGACAUGUUGUUGUGUCAGUUCUGGACGAUGACUACAAUUUAAAACAGAGCUUAAGUAGAAAGAACUGUUACAUGGUGUCUGCUGGUGACCUGCUUCAGAGGUAUGGCAGCUCUUUACAGGAGGUGACAUCAAAGAGGGCAACACCGGGUAUCAUCAUUGGAUGCUGUAUAGAUAUUUCUAGUGGCAUGCUGAGCUUCAGCGUCAACGGCAAGGAAGUGGCCAACAAAUUUGCUGUAGAACCCAAUUCAAAGUUGUUCCCUGCUGUGAUAUGUGAACCUACAAUAAAAGAAAUGCUCCAGUUUGAGCUGGGAUUUACAAGGUUUGCACUGCCAUUGUCAGCUGCAGUAUUUAGAGGACCAAAACAGGCUGUGCCAUCAUGUCCACCAAGACUAGACGUUCAGACCCUGACUGAUGGCUGUUGGUCCAGAGUCCCAGAACAGAUGUUAAGCAUACACUCACUUAAACUGUCUGGUAUCCGGGGCUGGAGCAUGCUUUGUGACCAUCCAGUAAACAUGAUGGCUGUUUAUAUACCAGAGGAGGACAGGAGCAUGGAUAUCUUGGAAUUGAUAGAACAAAAAGAUCUGUUAGAGUUCCAUGCCAAGACACUAGAGUUGUAUCAAGCUGUAUGUUCCCAUGGAAACCACAGGGUGGCCAAUGCUCUAACACACCAUGUGGAUGAGAGAUUACUAAUGUAUUGUGUGCUAAGUGAAAAUAUGUCUGGUCCUAUUAGAACUGGUUACCAUAAUUUAUUAAUUACUAUGCAUUUAGAAUCACAUGCUAGAGCAAGACUUCUGACACAAAAUGAGUUUAUUGUACCACUAACAAACACAACUAAAGAUCUCAGACUGUAUCGUAAAACAAGUAUUGGACAUGAAACUAAAAUCAAAGAUACCAUACCUAACAUGGAUGACAGUGUAUCUAUCAGACCUCAACUAGCAAUCUCGGAGAAGGAAAUUGACACAAGGGUAAAAACAGCUGGGAAAGAUUCAACAGCACCAUAUUUCCCUGUGGAAACUCUGAAGACUUAUGUUAUGCAGAAUUUGAGAGAAGCUGUUAUCAAGGGAGCUGCCCAUAUCAGAGACCCAAUAGGAGGCAGUAAUGCUAAUCUUUUUGUACCUUUACUAAAGGUUUGUGACAAACUUUUGGUGAUGGGAAGAUUUAGUGAUGGAGAUUUACUCAAGUUACUGAUACUUAUCAACCCACAGGUGUUUGAUGAUAAUAAAGAGUCGGGUUCCAGAGUAGGACUUUUGCACAUGAAACUUGAGGAUGCAGUUAAACUAGAGGUUUGUCACAUUCUCCAGCAUCUAUGUGAUAUUCAGCUGAGACAUAGAGUGGAGUCCAUUACUGCAUUCUCUGACAAAUUUGUCUAUGCUUGUCAACAUGACCAAAAGAAAAGAUACAACGAUAUCAAACAAGCUGACCUUCCAUCAUCUGUUACAGCAAGAAUGACAAGAGAAUUCAGAUGUCCACCACAUGAACAGAUGAGAAAUCUUCUGAUCUUUAAAUCAGCAGAAGAAGAUGAGAAUGGUCUGCCAUGUCCAUGUGGGUUAUCCAUCAGAGAUAUGCUAUGGAAUUUCCAUAGUCAGUUACUGACACAUUGCUCUAUGCCAACACAACCAGACCAAGAGGACAAACCAACAGAGACUGAAGCCAAAGAGGAACCAGUCAAAACACCAACAAUGGGGGAGAAACUCAUGCAGUUAGUGUUGAAGAAGAAGGAGGAGGAGAAUACUCACGCCAAAGACCCAGAGGAGAACAAAAUAGACAACAUACAAAAACUAAUACAGAAAACUAUGAUAACCUGGGCCCAAGAGGACUUUAUUGUGAACCAGGACCUAGUCAGAGAAAUGUUCAGCUUAUUGUACAGGCAGUAUAAUGGUAUUGGAGAGCUUCUGUCUGCUCUAGAGAAAGCCUAUGUUAUAAGUAAUGCCAGUAAAGAUGACAUCAAUAUCUUACUGAGAGCUUUGGGGAAUAUUAGAUCUCUGUUACUAGUACAGGCUGAUAGAGACGAAGAGGAACUGAUGAAAAAUAGUCUCAAAGAGCUGAUGGACAACAAAGUGUUCUUCCAGCAUCCAGAUUUGAUGAGAGCAUUGUGUGUUCAUGAAACAGUCAUGCAAUUGAUGGUGAACACUUUAAAUAAAGCACAACAACAACAACAGUCCACAACUUCUGGCAUGCCAGAGGCUAGUCAAGGAAGGAGAAGUUCUGUUGCUAGGAGGGGAUCCUUUCAACAACAACAAGGAAGACGACCCUCUUUCACGCUCCAGCAAGUGGAACAGACAAAGGAUGCAGCUGCAGAAAUGGUAGUAAUGUGCUGCAGAUUCUUGUGUUAUUUCUGUCGUACAAGUCGGCAGAAUCAGAGAGCCAUGUUUGAACACCUCAGCUAUUUACUGGAAAACAGCAGCAUGUUACUGGCUCGUCCCUCACUAAGAGGAUCAUGUCCUUUGGAUGUAGCCUACUCUUCAUUAAUGGACAAUAAUGAACUUGCCCUGGCCCUUAGGGAGACAAACUUAGAGAGGAUAGCAAUGUAUUUGUCUAGAUGUGGGGUCCAAAGCAAUGCUGAGCUGUUGGAGAAAGGCUACCCUGAUAUUGGUUGGGAUCCAGUUGAAGGAGAGAGAUUCCUGGAUUUCCUUAGAUUCUGUGUAUGGGUCAAUGGUGAAAGUGUGGAAGAAAAUGCCAACCUUGUUGUCAGACUUCUGAUUCGUAGACCAGAAUGUUUGGGCCCAGCCUUGAGAGGUGAGGGUGGUGGUCUUUUCAAAGCAGUUAAAGAUGGAAUUAAAAUGUCCCAACAGAUAAUUACAGCAAGGGAUGGUAACUCUGCUCACUUCCUGUCAGCCAUGAUGGAUGAUGACUCUGAUGGUAGAAUCUUGUACCAAAGUAAAUAUGAUUUCAACACAUUACCCCCAGAAGAUGAUGAGGACUAUAUAGACAUGGGAGGGGCCAUCAUGAACUUUUAUGCUGGGCUUGUGGACCUUCUAGGAAGAUGUGCCCCUGAUGCAGAGACCAUUAAAUCUGGCCGAAGUGACUCCAUCAGAGCUAGAGCUAUACUGAGAAGUUUGGUGUCUAUGGAAGACUUAGAAAAAGUUCUAGGAUUGAGCUUCAUCCUGCCAGCUGGGCCUUCUAUGUCUGCUGAUACUGAAAGCCAGGAAGGAGAUGAAGGUGGCGCUCCAGAGUCAGACAUGCCCCCAGGUCUAAACCCAGUCCACAAAUCCUCUAUUAUGUUAUUCCUGGAGAGAGUUUAUGGUCUCCCUGACCAAGAAACUUUCUUCAGGAUUCUAGAAGAGGGUAUUCUCCCUGACCUGAGGGCAGCUACUACUCUGGACACAGUAAGUAAAGCCUCAGCAUCUGAAAGUGAUUUUGCCUUAGCUCUGAAUCGUUACAUUGGAGGUUCUGUUUUACCACUGUUGACCAGACAUAGUCACUUCUUUGAGAAUGCUGACCAUGCUUCAACCCUAUUGGACUCUACACUGAACACUGUGUACAGACUGUCAAAGUGUAGAUCUCUGACUAAAGGUCAAAGAGAGGCUGUCUCAGACUUCCUCGUCUCAUUUACAAAUCAAUUGAGACCAUCCAUGAUGACAGGAUUGUUGAGGAAACUUACAGUGGAUGUUCCUCAUCUGAAUGAGAAUUCUGUUGUACCACUACGAGUGUUGACAGCUUACUACAAGAGAUGUGGAUCGUACUAUAGUUCUGGUGGAUCAUGGGGAUCCUAUGGAUCAGCUACAGACGAGGAGAAAAGGCUCACAAUGAUAUUGUUUACUGGAAUAUUUGAUUCACUGUCACACAGGGAAUAUGACCCAGAAUUAUUUUCGAAGGCUUUACCAUGUCUGUCAGCCAUUGGCUGUGCCUUGUCACCUGACUACUCUCUAACCAAGCAAGAUGACAUGAGACCAAUAGAUGUUGGGUCUAAUUUGGAUGGAACCUAUAAUCCUCAGCCUUUAGACACAAGGGGUAUCUCUAUCAAUCAGUUCUUAGAUCAGGCUAUAGGCAAAUUUGCUGAGCAUUACCAUGAUGUUUGGGCUAUCAAAAAGAUGGAUAGUGGCUGGCUCUUUGGAACAAUGUAUGAUGAAGAUAGAAUGACACAUCCUCUGUUAAAACCAUACCAUCUUCUGGAUGAAAAGUCCAAAAACAAGUAUAUACAUCCUGCUAAGGAGAGUGUAAGAUCAAUGCUAUACUGGGGAUGGGCUUUAGAGCAGGACCAACAAAGACAAGCUGCCAACAGAGACAGUAUGAGGAGAAGGAUGUCCAAAGAUGGGGCAAGCCAUGGAUACAGUCCUAAACCAUUUGACCUUCGUAACAUGACUUUGACCAGAGAUAUUCAGAAUAUGAUAGAGAAAUUGUCCAAUGAUUCACAUGAUAUGUGGGCCUUUAAGAAAAGGGUGGAGCUUGAGGAACUUGGUGGUGGUGUUCAUCCUCUGACUGUUCCUUACGACACACUGACUGACAAAGAGAAGAAGAAGUAUAGAGAUCAUGCUACAGAGCUUCUCAAGUUCCUACAGUUCCAAGGUUUUAGAAUAUCAAGCCACGACACUUCAAUAGAGAGACACACCAGUAGAGCUUCUGAUUCCAGGAGAGACAAAGGUGCUAAGAAUGAGAGCGAGGUCAACGUGUCAGCCACAGAGAAGAGAUUUGCUUACAGCUUGUUGGAAAAGCUACUACAGUAUUUUGACAAUGCAUCAACCAACAUUACACAGACAAGACCCAGUUCAAGGUUCAGUAGAAGGGAGAGUUACUCAACUGCGACUGAAGAUGUCAAAUUCUUUGGAAAAGUUGUACUACCAUUUGUGGAGAAAUACUUUGCUGCUCAUAGGGACUAUUUUAUUGGCACCAGUACAUCAUCAGGAGGUAGUGCUUUGGCAUCUGUAAAAGAAAAAGAAAUGACUGCUAAUUUGUUUUGUAAAUUGGCUGGAACACUUAGAGGAAGAAUCAAUGCCUUUGGACAUGAUGUGUGUAUAUCUGUCAGAUGUUUACAAGUACUUAUUCAAGCUGUGGAUGCAAGAUCGGUUGUAAAGAACAGUCCAGAAAUGGUUAGAUCCUCUCUGAUGCCUUUCUUCAACAAUGCUGCUGAUGAUCUGGCACAGGUUGUCGAGAACCUAAUGAAAGGACGCUUCAGUCACGUGAAGGGAACAAUCACUAGAGGAGCCACUAGUCUGGACUAUGUACAUAUGGUGUUACUUCCUGUAUUGUCUUCCAUGUUUGAUCACCUAGGACGACAUCACUUUGGACCAGACUUAUUAACUGGAGAUAUACAACUGUCUGCCUAUAGAAUACUGAUUUCCCUGUAUUCCCUUGGAACAACUAAUUCAUCUGUUGUGGAAAGGGAAACCAUUUUAUCAGAAUUGUCAAGGCAUAGACCAGCCUUAGGAGAAUGCCUGGGUUCCUUUGCCAGCUGUUUCCCUGUUGCUUUCCUGGAGCCAAACUACAACAAAUACAACAGGAACUCAAUACUGUAUGGAAUAGAAGGCAAAAUAUCAGAGCACUCUCUAGAGGCUCAAGAGGUUAUGGACCAGCUGAAAGAAUGUGUCCCAGAACUGGAGAAAAUCAUCACAGAAAUUGAAGAACUAGCAGAAUCUGGAGGCAAAUAUCAAGAGGCUCCCCAUGUGAUAGAGGUUACACUUCCCAUGUUGUGUAGUUAUCUCCCUUACUGGCUUAUCCAAGGAAAACUGAUGGCUGAUGGUUCAAAUAGAGCUUCCACAGUAACAGAGGAACUGAUGAAUACAGUUUUGAAGAAUGUACUAAAACUUAUAUUAAGUAAUAUUGGUACACUGGAUGCACCAUGGAUGAACAGAAUAGCAACUCGUACUCAGCCUAUUAUUGCCAGUUCUACACCUGAUAUGAUCAAAGACCAUUUCUUGCCCAUUGCUAUCAAAUUGAGGGAGAAUGGUAAAGCUGUGGACCUAAAAGACAAGAAGUUGUUAGCCUCUAAACAUGGAUCUAAUGAAGUAGCUGAUUUAGAAGCUGAAGUUCAGACUGGUUACUGUACAUUGGUUAGAGAUAUCUAUGCAUUCUAUCCACUUCUGAUUAAGUAUGUAGACUUACAUAGGUCGCAAUGGUUGAAGAAUCCCAUGCCAGAAGCUGAGGAAUUGUUUACAUGUGUAGCAGAUAUUUUUGGCCUGUGGUCAAAAUCUUUGAUGUUUAAAAGGGAAGAACAAAACUUUGUGAUGGCCAAUGAGAUAGACAAUAUGGCCCUGAUCAUGCCCAGUCAGUCAAAACAAGUCAAACUACCACAGUCUGAGUUACAACCAGAGGGCACGGUGAAGAAAACUACUAAAAAGAGAGAGAAGAAAAGACUGGAACCUCAUAACAGUUUAAAUGUGGCUUGUCUUAAGAGACUGUUACCCAUUGGACUUGGAUUCUUCAGUGGCAGGGAACAGGAAUUACUGCAACAAGCUAAACAGAAACUGAUAGAUAGUUUUGCUGAAGAAAUGCUAAUGGAGUCGGAGGCAGAUAUAGAAGAUUUUUUGUUGAAAAGUUUAGAAGUUGAAGAAGGGCCUACAGAUGAAGCAGUCAAAUGGCAGAAAGUAUUAUAUCGUAAGAUAGGAGGAUCUACAGAUAUGCAGCUCGAUCAGUGCAAAGUUAUUGACCGUAUCUUAUCAAUGGCCAAGGUCAUGCAUGGACUCCAUACUCUCGAUUUUAUACCAAUAAUUCCAACACUAAAAAAGCAAGUUGAGCAUCCAUCAGCAUCACACAAGAGUGCCUGGCGUAAGGUUAUAUCUACACAGAGAAAGCGAGCUGUCAUGGCGUGUUUCAGAAUGGUUCCACUACACAGUUUACCAAGACACAGAGCCAUUAAUUUGUUCCUAAAAUGCUACAGAGGACAAUGGUUAAACACAGAAGAGUAUGAGAAGAAAAUCCUGAUAGAAGAUGUCACUAAAUCUGAUGAAGCAGAGGAUGAGGUUGAGAAGAAAGAAGCUGAUGAGGAAGUGAAACCAGAUCCUCUGACUCAACUGAUGACCUGUCUUAGUAGAGCUGCCACUAAAGAGCAACAGGGUAGUCUUCCAGAAGAUACUAUCUAUAUGUCGUAUGCCCAAAUAAUGGGACAGAGUUGCCAUGGAGAAGACGAAGAUGAUGACGAUGACGAUGGAGGAGGGGAUGACGAAGGACCAGGAUCAUCUUUCCAGGAACAAGAAAUGGAGAAACAACAACUGUUAUUUGAGCAGUCACGGUUGGCCGAUCGUGGAGCAGCAGAAAUGGUCUUACUGUAUAUUAGUGCUUGUAGAGGUGUCCAGAGUGCCAUGGUAACAGACACAAUAGAACUUGGCAUCUCCUUACUAAGGGGAGGUAACACAGAGGUUCAAAAGAAAAUGUUAAAUCAUCUGAAAGAUAAGAAAGAUGUAGGAUUCUUUACCUCUUUGUCUGGACUUAUGCAAUCAUGCAGUGUAUUGGAUCUGGAUGCAUUUGAGAGAACAAACAAGGCAGAAGGAUUAGGUAUGAGUUCUGAUGCCAAUGCAGGGGAGACAAAUCUGUAUGAUGCUGAGACCACAUGUAAACUAUUCAGAUUCCUUCAGUUGUUAUGUGAAGGUCACAAUGCAGAGUUCCAGAAUUACCUAAGAACCCAGGCAGGUAAUAACACCACUGUGAAUGUUGUCAUCUGUACUGUAGACUAUCUACUGAGACUACAGGAGUCCAUCAUGGACUUUUACUGGCACUACUCUGGUAAAGACACCAUAGACCAGUCUGGUAAAGAAAGUUUCUGUAGAGCCAUCAUGGUGGCCAAACAAAUCUUCAGAAGUCUUACAGAAUAUAUACAGGGACCUUGUGCCUUGAAUCAGUUAGCUUUAGCACACAGUAGAUUGUGGGAUGCUGUUGGAGGUUUCCUGUAUAUAUUUGCUCACAUGCAAGAUAAACUUUCUAAGGACUGUGAACAGCUGGAGUUGUUAAGAGAAUUCAUGAAAUUACAAAAAGAGAUGAUGAUCAUGUUACUUUCUAUGCUGGAAGGAAAUGUAAUGAAUGGCCCUAUUGGUAAACAGAUGGUGGAUACACUGGUAGAAUCAUCAGCUAAUGUUGAGAUGAUUUUGAAGUUCUUUGACAUUUUUUUGAAGAUGAAGGACUUGACAACCUCUGAAGCUUUCUUGGAAUUUGAUGCUAAUAAUGAUGGCUGGAUAUCGCCUAAAGAAUUUAAGAAAGCUUUGGAAGCUCAAAAAACUUACACAGAUGAGGAAAUAGAUUACAUUAUGAUGUGUGUGGAUGCCAAUCAAGAUGGAAAGGUUGAUUUCAAUGAGUUUACUGACAGAUUCCACAAUCCUGCUAAAGACAUUGGUUUUACAAUGGCUGUCCUGCUAACUAACUUGUCAGAGCAUAUGCCUUCUGAUCCAAGACUAGAGAGAUUCUUAGAGAAGGCCCGCAGUGUGUUGGACUAUUUUGGACCCUACCUGGGUAGAAUAGAAAUCAUGGGUAGCAGCAACAAGAUAGAACGGGUCUAUUUUGAGAUCAAGCAGUCCCAUAUAGACCAAUGGGAGAAACCACAGAUCAAAGAGUCUAAGAGGUCUUUCUUACACAGUGUAGUCAAUGAAGGAGGGGAUAAAGAAAAAUUAGAGAGUUUUGUCAACUUCUGUGAAGACACCAUCUUUGAGAUGCAGCAUGCCACCAGUAUAAGUGCUGAGGAACAGAGACUGGCAGCCAUGAGGAGUGGUUCUGGAGUACAAGAGGGAGGAGUACUGGAGCCAAUAUCUACAGUGUAUAGAUUUGCUGUGGAUGGUUUAUCGACUAUGUUGUCCUUAUUUACCUGGACUAACUUGAAGUGGGGUUAUCAGACAUUUAAAAAGAUGACAUACUGGCAGUUGUUUGUGGCCAUGAUAAAGUUGAACUUCAGACUAGGUUUUCUACUGUUGACGUUCUUUUUCCAUGUAUUGUGGACAUUGAUGAAGUUUAUAUUUAACAUGAUGAAAGGAGAGAGGGAGGAGUCUGUAGAAGGUUCAACACCAGCAAUGUUAGCUCUUCCUGCCCCUCCCCCACCAAGAGUGUAUAUACCUCCCAUGGAACUAGAAACAUCUGAGACAAUGACACCAUUUGGAAUACCCAUGAAAUCAGAACAGGAAAGUGAAACAGAAGAACCACAUCUGGCUAAUGGAGUAACAAAAACACCAGAUACCCAGACAGAAACAAGCACACCACCUGUGAAAGAGAAUACUAAGCCUAUAGUAAAGGAAGAAGUUCCAGUAACAGAAACUGAAGAACCAGAAGAUUCUGUCCCAAGAUCUCCAUCACACAAAUCUGGAGAAGAUGAUGAAUUACCAUACGAAGCAAAGAGUUUUGAUUGGGGGAAAUAUGUUUUGAAUAUUCUCAGAAAGUUUGCGAGUUUGUUUGCCAGGAAUUUUUACAACUUUAAAUAUGCAGCCUUGGUUCUUGCCUUUAUUAUCAAUGUCAUGCUGUUAUUCUACCGGGUCAACAGAAUCCCAUUAGCAGGAGAUGAAGCAGACGACAACAGUGACAAUAAUGGAACAGAAGGUGGCGCUGUAGAGCAAGAGUUCGAUGAGGUCGUUGCUAUGGAAGAUGACAUUUACUUCAGAGAAUACAUGAUGCAAAUUCUAGCUAUAGCUCAUAGUGUGAUAUCAUUCUCUAUGCUCAUUGCCUAUUACUGUCUCAAAGUUCCAUUAGUUAUAUUUAAAAGAGAGAAGGAAAUUGCCAGGAAGCUGGAAUUUGAAGGAUUAUGGGUAGCUGAGCAACCAGAAGAUGAUAUCAAGGCACAUUGGGAUAAACUUGUGCUAAGUACUCAAUCAUUUCCAGAAAGUUACUGGGACAAGUUUGUAAAAAAGAAGGUGAGAGCUAGAUAUGCAGAACAGUAUGACUAUGAAGCUAUCAGUAACCUAUUAGGAAUGGACAAAAGUGAUUCCAUCAAAAUUGGAGAAGAACAGAAAUCUGGUGUCCUUCCAUCUUUCUUGAGCAAUGUUGAUUGGCAGUACCAGAUAUGGAAAUGGGGUGUCAUCUUUACAGAUAAUUCUUUCUUAUACAUUGCCUGGUACUUCAUCUUCUCAGUCCUAGGAAAUAAGAAUUACUUUUUCUUUGCUGCACAUUUACUGGAUGUUGCUAUCGCCAUUCCUGCACUGAGGACUAUUUUACAGUCUGUUACACACAACGGUAAACAGCUUGUGUUGACAGUGAUGUUAACGAGUGUUAUUGUGUACAUCUACACAGUUUUAGCUUUCAACUUCUUCCGUAAAUUCUACGUCAAAGAGGAAGAUGGAAACACAGAUUAUAAAUGUCAUGAUAUGUUAACAUGUUUUGUGUACCAUUUACAUACUGGUGUAAGAGCAGGCGGUGGUAUAGGUGACGAGAUAGAGCCAGCCGAUGGAGAUCCAACUGAAGUCUGGAGAAUUUUAUUUGAUAUCACAUUCUUUUUCUUUGUGAUUGUUAUUCUGCUAGCUAUCAUCCAAGGUUUAAUUAUUGAUGCCUUUGGAGAAUUGAGAGAUCAGUUAGAACAAGUCAAAGAAGACAUGGAGUCAAAAUGUUUCAUCUGUGGUAUUGGAAAGGAAUACUUUGACAAAGUACCUCAUGGGUUUGAGACUCAUACGACAAAUGAACAUAAUUUUGCCAACUACAUGUUUUUCUUGAUGCACUUGAUUAACAAGCCUGAUACAGAAUAUACAGGACAGGAAACAUAUGUAUGGGAACUUUAUCAACAGAGGUGCUGGGACUUCUUCCCUGUAGGAGAUUGUUUCAGAAAACAGUAUGAAGAUGAACCCAGUAGCUAAAACUGGCUUUACUCCUAUCACAGGAGUUACUAAAUCAAAAACAUUUACCAAAGAAAUGGCAAUACGAUGCUAGACAUACUCAUAUAGUUGAUAUUUUUACACUUAAGUAGAUUAUUAAUAGGAGAAAUGAUUUUAUACCAUGGAAAACAUUGUACUUAAAAUUUCAGAAAGUUUGAUGCUGAUUUUUAUGACAAAGUUAGGAAGUUGUUUGUUGAGAGUGAAUAUUUACAAGAUUUUACAUGUUUGUGAUGUCUGAAAACUUUCCACAUAGCCUGAAUGGACAAAGAGACAUUUUGGUAGUGUGCCCCUUUUAUUUUUAAAUUUUGUGUGUCCUCCUUAGUUUUCUCGAGACAAAGUCUAUGAUGGUUAUGUGGGACAGUAUUAAUACAUGUACUUAAAUGCACUUAAAUACAUCUCUUUCUCUGGUGACAAAUUAUUUGAAAAAUAGAAACGUUGAAAACUGGAUUUUCUAGUAAUAAAUUUGAAAAUCUUUGACUGGAUUUUCUGUUUCGUAUUUUUCUUGAAGAUCCGGUAGAGGAGAUGUAGUGUUAUUGUUUUGAUUUAUGAAAUCCUGCUUUGUUCCAUUGUUGUGAUACUCAAUUUUGAAAUUGUGAUUUUGUUUUGUCAGCCAAUUUUACAUAAAAUGAUAUUUACUGUGAUUUUGAAAAUAAGAGUGUUUUCCUAGUAUUUUAUAUUUGUGUACCUCUAAAACUUGAGAUUGUAGUGAAUCAUAUCAUUGUUUUGUCCAUCACAUUUUUUACCAAGUCAGUAGAUGGUUGUUGUUAUUUGUUUAUUGUUAAAUAGAUCUUUUUAUAGUGGUUAGUUAUAUUUGUUAGUUCGCUGUUAGUAGCUAAAGAAUCUCGUCCAUUUCUAUCCCUCCCCUUUUAAUCAAUGCAUUUACAUUUUUAUCGCCUUUUAGUUUUGUUUUUGGUUUUUCAUAACUUUAUUGAUGAUGCCAUGCAGGUAUAUUUUGUCAUGGUUGCAUUGUGUUUUUAAUUGGUCAUGGCUUUUCACAGUUAUAUCCAUUGUGUCAUGGAGUUCGUAAUUUGUCAUGGUUUUUUUCACAAUUUUAUACAUAGUGCCAUGAAUAUUUUUUUCAUAUUUAAUGUUAAGAUCUGGGAUGUUUUUCUCUAUAAAUGCAAUAAAAAGAUCAUGCUCAUUUGUCAAAUAUAUGUUGACAGUUUAUUGUUCAGUGUUUAAAGCAUGUAUUAUCACAGUUGUGCCAAGUAUUUUAACAUUGUUAUUGUUUUGUUCCAUAGAUUGAUCUUUCACCUUAUUAUUUAAUUAUUUAGACUAGUCAGGACUUGUGCAAUAGCUCACUUAGAUUUAUAUGUAGUUAGAUGAAGCUAUACAUUUGCUUUUAUUUAUUUGUGUACUUAUUUAUUUAUUUAUUUUUUGUAUACCUUCACUGAAAACAUAUCAUUUAAUGUUAAGAAAUGUUUUGUCAUGAGUUGUAAUGUUCAUCACACAUAUCCUAUUUUCACAUCAAGAUUUUAUAAGAUAUUGAACCUCUCAAAGAAAAUAGUUGUUGAAUAUCACUUUUUAUACUUAAUUCUGACAAUAUGUUACCUUUGCUUUGCAGUUUUGGUAAGCUUUUUCAUAUUUAGUUUAAAAUGAUUUUCUUAAAUGCUGAUAAGACUGUUUCAAGAUAUUGUGAAAGUAAUAAUGUUUAGUAGAAACUAACUUAUAUUCUAUUUAGAAUUUAAAUACUAGGUUUAACAAACAACUUUACAGGAAUAAGUUUUAUCCUCUGAACAUCAGUGCUUCUUUCAUAAUAUCUUGAAGAAUCUGUUUAUAUCUUUUUUUUUCAAUAAGAAAUCUUACAUGUGUGCCAUCCUGGAACAAAAAGUACUUGUUUUUUAUAUCAUGAUUGACAUAAAGUCUUCCAGAUGUAUGUAGCAGAAUUUGUUCGUAUUUUCCCCUGUGAAUAGGAAUGUUUUUCAUAUGAUCACUGUUCAUCCACUGUAGAGAGUUGUCAAAUGCAAUUUUGAUUUUAUUACCAAAGAAAUAAAAGAUAAAAUCUU